CCGGGCCGCGCCGCGCCGUUCCCUGCUGCUCCCCGGGGACCAUGAGCCUCUUGCGGGACGUCUCCUUGCUGGACCCCCGGCUCCGCUACGAGCUGAUCCAGCGCAUCGGGGCGGGCACCUACGGCGAUGUCUACAAGGCCCGGGACACCCAGACAGCAGAGCUGGCUGCCAUAAAGAUCAUCAAACUGGACCCAGGGGAUGACAUCAGCUCCAUCCAGCAGGAGAUCACAACGCUCAGGGACUGCGGGCACCCCAACGUGGUGGCGUAUUUCGGCAGCUACCUCAGGAAUGACCGUCUCUGGAUCUGCAUGGAGUUCUGUGGAGGAGGAUCCCUGCAGGAAAUCUACCACACCACAGGCCCCCUCUCUGAGAAGCAGAUUGCCUACGUGUGCAGAGAAACGCUGCAGGGCCUGAGCCACCUACAUGCCAAAGGCAAGAUGCACCGGGACAUAAAGGGAGCCAAUAUCCUACUCACCUCUUUGGAGAUGUGAAAACUGGCGGAUUUCGGAGUCUCAGCUGAACUGACAGCAUCAGUGGCGAAGCGGAAGUCCUUCAUUGGGACCCCCUACUGGAUGGCCCCUGAGGUGGCCGCAGUGGAGAAGAAGGGCGGCUACAACCAGCUUUGUGACAUCUGGGCCAUCGGCAUCACGGCCAUCGAGCUGGCUGAGCUGCAGCCCCCACUCUUCGAUCUUCACCCCAUGAGGGCCCUGAUGCUCAUGUCCAAGAGCAGCUUCCAACCCCCUAAACUGAAAGACAAAGCUCAUUGGUCCCCAGAAUUCCACCAGUUCCUCAAACUGGCCCUGACCAAGAACCCCAAAAAGCGACCCACAGCGGAAAAGCUGUUACAGCACCUGUUCACCAGCCAGCCCCUUGCCCGCACCCUGGCCAUCGAGCUACUCGACAAGGUCAACAGCCCUGACCUGGCUGCCCCAUCCCUGGACGAUGGAGACUUUGAGGUUUACGACAUCUUCCCAGACAAAAUCCACUCCUGUGGGGCACAUGGCCAGGCAGAACGGACUCUCUCUGAAAUCCAGUUCAAUCAAGUUAAAUUUGGGCCCCCACUGAGAAAAGAAACAGAACCAUAUUGUGGUCUGAGGGAAGAGGAGGAUGAUUGGACGUUGCUAGGAGCUGAAGAGAGUCUUCUGCAGUCUGUGGAGGAGGCAUUGGAGGAAAGGAGUUUGACCAUUCGCCCAGCGUCUGGAUGGGUCCCCACCCCAGAGGAUCAGCCUGUGGACUCCCACUGCAUCCCUGAGAACGAGACGGGAACAAUCAAGAGAGGGUCACUAUGGGACCUGAUGAAUUGGGAGCUGGGGGGCACGGAGCCUGGGGGUGGCUCAGAGACCAUGAGGAGACAGGCCCCAGCAGGCAGCCCAGAGUCAGGUGACAUCCAACCCCCCCUGCACACCGGCUCCCCAGAGCCUGGAGCCUCCCUGCUUUCCACCGAAUGGGCCACCAUGAAGAGGAGGGAGGAGACAGAGAGAUCCAGCUGCCAUGGGCUGCCCCCCACCCCCAAGGUCCAUAUGGGUGCUUGCUUUUCCAAAGUCUUUAAUGGCUGCCCUCUAAAGAUCAACUCAGCUGUGACAUGGAUCCACUCGGAGACACGAGAUCAGUACCUGCUGGUAGGUGCUGAGGAGGGGAUAUACACACUCAACCUGCAUGAACUCCAUGAGGACACCAUGGAGAAGCUCCUGCCCCACAGGUGCUCCUGGCUGUACUGUAUGAACAACGUGCUGCUCUCCUUAGCAGGGAAAUCCUCCCAGAUCUCCUCUCACAACCUCCUGGGCCUCUUUGAGCAGCGGAGGCAGCUGCAGAAGCGGCAGGUCCCCCUCUCCAUUGCCACCAACCGGCUGACUGAGCGCAUCAUCCCCAGGAAGUUUGCACUCUCCUCCAAGAUAGCGGAUACCAAGGGCUGUCUCAAGUGCCGAGUGGUUCGGAACCCCUAUUCCGGCAACACCUUCUUGUGUGCCGCUCUUCCCUCGAGCCUGGUGCUGUUGCAGUGGUACGAGCCCUUGCAGAAGUUCAUGCUGCUGAAGCACUUUCCUGCGACCCUGCCCAUGCCCCUGAGCCUGUUUGAGCUGCUUGUGGUGGAGACGGAAGAGUACCCCCAGGUGUGCGUGCGUGUUGUGGACAGAGACCGGCCAGGCCAGGAGCUGGAGUUUAACGUCCUCUCGCUCAGCACCAGCUCCAGCCUCAGCACCGAGCCCUCUGCAGAUGUGGCCUACAGUGUGGCCUGCCACAUGACUCAGAUGGACAGAGACACAGUCCUCGUUUGCUUUGAGCACUACGUAAGGACAGUGAACCUGCGUGGGGUCCCCAAGAGAGCCCUGGCCCCAGAGCUGACCUUCAACUUCCCCAUUGAGACAAUUGUGUGCCUUCAAGACAGCGUGCUGGCCUUCUGGAAACAUGGCAUGCAGGGCCGCAGCCUGGAGGGCAAUGAGGUGACCCAAGAAAUCACAGAUAAAUCCAGGGUGUUCCGGGUGCUAGGGGCCAACAGAGAUAUCAUCCUGGAGAGCACGCCCACAGAGAAUCCCUUGGCUCACAGCAACCUCUACAUCCUGACGGGACACGAGAGCAGCUACUGA